AAAACAGCGCGAAAAAGAUGGAAACUGUUUUCACCAAAGUUCGGCUUCCUAACGACGCCGUUUAAAUCUGGUUGGUAGCUCUCCUCUCUCCCUCCUGCCGGAGAGAGGCCGACCUUCUUUCUUUUUCCUGGAAGUAGACCGGAGAAAGAAGCCACAGAGAGGCGGCGGCGGGCAGAGAGCGGAUAGGAGAUAGGAGAUAGGAGAUAGGGAGAUGGGAAUGGACGCGACGGUGGAUGGAGAGAAGGUGAUACUCGUGCCUUACACGGCAGAGCACGUGCCCAAGUACCACCAGUGGAUGCAGGAUCCGGCUCUCCUUCAGGCCACCGGCUCUGAGCCCCUCUCUCUAGACGAAGAGUACCAAAUGCAGCGGUCCUGGACCCUCGACCCCCUCAAGCAGACGUUCAUCAUAUUGGACAAGGAUCUGGUGGAGGGGGAAUUCAUGCGUGGAGAACCCCAUGUCGAAGCAAUGGUUGGUGAUGUGAAUAUCUACAUGAAUGACUUGGAUGACCCCCACAUGGCUGAGAUUGAAAUAAUGAUUGCUGAGCCCAAAAGCCGUGGCAAAGGACUUGGAAAGGAAUCAGUGCUUUUGAUGAUGGAUUUUGCCGUCAAGAAUCUUGAGAUCCAGAGAUUCCGGGUGAAAAUUGGAGAUUCAAAUGGAGCAUCUCUCAAUAUGUUCCGGAAAUUGGUUUGUCUGUCUGGUUUUGAGGAGGCUUCUCGCAGUGAAAUCUUCAAAGAGGUAACACUGGAGCUACCGGUAUCAAAGCCUAAGCUGAACGAGAUGCUGCAUCCAGUUGGGACCAUGCCCAGCCAUGAAUAGCUGUCGAGGACCUUCUUUCCCCUCCUAACCCAGCUAUUGUAAAGUUUAUGAAUCAUUACACUGGGGAUGAAGAUGAACUGAAGGUUCCAAAGUUCCUUUUCGUAGAAACCGAUUGUAUUGAUUAAACGUGAACAAAAAUAAUCUACUAAGUGAUAUCUUCUAUAGAAUCCUUCAGACACUCUGAUCAGGUAGAGAUUGUCAGAUACUAUCAUGAUCCCGGAUACUUCCUAUAUUGGUUUUAAUGUACUAUAUUGACAACAUAUUCAUGCGCUUA